GCGAGCAAGAGAACGGGAGCGGAGUUGUCGGGCCUGCAAAAAAAGACCUGACAAAACAAUCAAAUCGGAUUUCUUACUGUCAGGUGUUUGAUCACAACGCGGCUUAAUUGCAAAGAAGCUUUCUGCAUAUACGCUUUCCCUUCCCCGUGCCUGAUCCGACCGGAGUUAGCAACACUAAGAGGGACUCCAUGAAAGAUGACAGAGGAGGUCAUCGUCAUCGCCAAGUGGGACUACACGGCGCAGCAGGACCAGGAACUUGACAUCCGGAAAAACGAGCGGCUCUGGCUGCUGGACGACUCCAAGACGUGGUGGAGGGUGCGGAACGCCGCCAACCGGACGGGCUACGUGCCCUCCAACUACGUGGAGCGCAAGAACAGCCUGAAGAAGGGCUCACUGGUGAAGAAUCUCAAGGACACGCUGGGUUUGGGUAAGACGAAGAGGAAGGCAGGCGCCCGCGACACCUCGCCGACACCCAGCACGGACGCCGAGUACCCGUCCAAUGGCAGCGCGGGCGGGGCGGAGCGCAUCUACGACCUGAACGUCCCGGCGCUGGUGAAGUUCGCGUACGCGGCGGAGCGCGAGGACGAGCUGACGCUGGUGAAGGGCACGCGGGUGGUGGUGAUGGAGAAGUGCAGCGACGGCUGGUGGCGGGGCAGCUACGCCGGCCGCGUGGGCUGGUUCCCCUCCAACUACGUGCAGGAAGAGGUGGAUGAGGCGUCGGCCGAGCCGGCCCGCUUCCAGGCCCCGCGGCCCGGCGCGGCCGUCAGCAACGGGCAGGGCGCCCGCGCGCUCCACGUGGUGCAGACUCUCUACCCCUUCAGCUCCGCCACGGAGGAGGAGCUGAACUUCGAGAAGGGGGAGACCAUGGAGGUGGUGGAGAAGCCGGAGAACGACCCCGAGUGGUGGAGGUGUAAAAACGCGCGCGGCCAGGUGGGCCUGGUGCCCAAGAACUACGUGGUGGUGCUGAGCGAUGGGCCGGCCCCCGCGGGGCACGCUGCCGCCCCCCACUCCCCGCAGGUCGCCCGCACGGGGCCCUCGCGCACCGGCAAGUUUGCUGGAAAGGAUUGGUACUACGGCAACGUGACGCGGCACCAGGCGGAGUGCGCCCUCAACGAGCGAGGGGUGGAGGGAGACUUCCUGGUGCGGGACAGCGAAUCCUCGCCCAGCGAUUUCUCCGUGUCUCUGAAAGCUCCAGGGAAGAAUAAGCACUUCAAGGUGCAGCUGGUGGAUGGGGUGUACUGCAUCGGCCAGCGGCGCUUCGCCACCAUGGACCAGCUGGUGGAGCACUACAAGAAGGCGCCCAUCUUCACCAGCGAGCACGGGGAGAAGCUGUACCUCGUACGGCCCCUGCUGUGAUGCCCUGCCCCCCUGCGCGGCCCCGCACAGGAACACGCCUUAGCUCCGGACUUUUCGCGCUCGCUGGGCGGAGCCAGCCCUGCACCACCUUCCCGUCCGUUCCUUUGACUUUUAUUUAAGCCAAUAAGCAAGCAGGUGCGUACAGCUAAUCAGAGUGAGCCGACCCAAUAAAGAGCACAGGAGGAGCCCGUUCACAGAGUUCGGGCUGACUCAGCUCUGUGAUUGGCUGAUACUGUUCUUUUCAUUUAGACACCCAUGACUCCGUGACUGUUCUGUCUCAGAAUUCCUUGACAACCUUUCCCAUGGUUCAGGGCAAUAAAUUCCUCCAGAAAAAAAAAACACCUUCACACUAAGAGACCAUUGUGAGCGCUUGUGCAAUGCCUUGGCCGAUGAAUCUACUCUCUGUUCAGGAUUUCCAGGAAAGCAGAGAGAAGUUACUUUUUUCCCCCUCUCCACACUCAGAUUCGCGAAAGACAAUAGUCAUCGAUUAACCUGUGCUCAGCCUCCAGUUCCUCUCACACAAAGCGGGUCUGCUCUCUACAUCGCCCCCUUGUGGUAGGUCUGAGCUCCCUCACCUCACUGCCUGGUAACCUGUACAGGGGUCAUGAACUCACCUUAUGCGGGACUGCAGGACCGUAGCCUGGUCGUGAGCUUCGACACGCAGGCAUCCGAACAUUCUGAACGAUUGUAGAAGAAAACCGGCCGUUGGGUGCAGGCGGAGAGGAGGGGGGACAGUCCAACCCCUGUCGGGGGCCGAAUGUCUGUCGACGUCCAACCAAAUGUGCCACUUCAGCCCUGCCCGUUGUCAGUGGGCCCAACCCCUCCCACCUUGAGCGGUUACACAGCUCUUAGUAAUGUGAUUCUCAGAGUCACGCCUACACGUAGCUGAUCACAGACACACUAAUUCAAGAAAAAUAUGAGAAAAGGACUUUGUCGUUCAUUCGUUUUAUAUUUGCGUUGGCCGUGUCCCCUUGUUUACCAAGAAGAGUCUGUUGAUCCUCCAAUAUCUGGGAUGGUUGUUUUUUUUUAAAGUAUAAUAUGUCUGAAUGUUAUUGAACAUGGUUAUUUAAUUCUUGUUUCCACUGUAUGUAUAUUUAAAGAGAAGGUGCAUAUAUGAAUCGUUUAGACCCA